CGACUCCUCCUGGAAUACACCUACCGCGCGCUGGAAAAUGCCGGCCUGCCCAUGGAGAAGGUCGCCGGCACGCGGACCUCGGUGUAUUCCGGCUCGUUCUCCACGGAUUGGCAGCAGCUGCAGUACAAGGACGGCGAGCUGGCCAAGACCACCACCGCCUUGGGGGUGCAGCCGUGCUUCAAUGCCAACCGCGUGAGCUGGUUUUUUGAUUUGAAGGGCAGCAGC